ACCCUUUUCUUCCUUGAAUAACUUGUAACUUCCCUCCUCGAUCAGCUCCAUCCUUUCUUUUUUUCCAUUAGUUUCCCAGGAAACAAACACCAUCACCGCCAUAGCCAAUGGGGAGAGCACCUUGCUGUGAUAAAAAUGGACUCAAGAAAGGUCCAUGGACCCCUGAGGAAGAUGAUAAGCUCAGCCAUUAUAUCCAGCUGCAUGGCCCUGGCAACUGGAGAACUCUUCCAAAGAAUGCUGGGCUACAAAGAUGUGGGAAGAGUUGCCGUCUUCGAUGGACUAAUUACUUGAGACCUGAUAUAAAGAGAGGAAGAUUCUCAUUUGAAGAAGAGGAGACAAUAAUUCAAUUACACAGUAUUCUUGGAAACAAGUGGUCAGCAAUUGCAGCUCGCUUGCCCGGAAGGACCGACAACGAAAUCAAGAAUUACUGGAACACCCAUAUAAGAAAGAGGCUUCUACGAAUGGGAAUCGAUCCGGUAACACAUAGUCCUCGACUUGAUCUUCUGGACAUAUCAUCUCUUCUCAGCUCAUCUGUAUGCAGUUCAUCCCAACUCAAUUUUUCGAACUUGCUUGGAAUCCAAACUCUGGUAAAUCCAGAACUGCUGAGACUUGCUUCCACCCUUUUGUCAUUGAAACAUGAAAAUCCACAUUUUCCACAAAAUCCUCAAAUUUGGAAUUCCCAAGUUCAGAACCAAAUCAACACCCCGCCAUUGCAGUCCAAUCAGUUCCACGCCACUCCAACUCAAGAAGCUGCAGCCAUGCAGGCCAAUACAGAAGGGCUUCCAUCAAAUUUGGCAAACCCCAGCUACCAAAAUUUCACACCCUCAAAUUUUGAUGAAAGCCUUGCUUCCUUACCAAACUAUGGCUUCAUCAAUCCAUCCGAAACCUCGACUUUCCAAUCACUUGAGAAUCAAAACAACGAUCUUUACUACAACAAUAACCAGGGUUUCGGCUUUGACUCGGUUAUAUCAACUCCGAUAUCAAGCCCUACUCAAUUGAAUUCAUCGUCCACCUUCAUCAACACCGGCAAUGAAGAUGAGAGGGAAAGCUACUGCAGCAGCAUGUUGAAGUUUGAGAUUCCCGAGAGUUUUAACAUCAGUGAAUUCAUGUAAAUAAUGCCUAGAAUUUAAGAGAAAGUAUAUUGGAAUCAAUGUCUUAUUGGUAUUAUCAUGUUUUUGUGUUUGGUUUAUUUAGUUGAUCCUAUCAUGUGGAUAACUUGAACUUCUUGUGUAA